AUGACUUCUGACGACUUUCGCCCCGCCGACCUCUUGCCGUCGCUGGAGCCUCUAGUGCAGGCCAAGCGACCCGACGUACUAACACUUUCACCGCGCAUCGCUUUCACUGCUCCAUCUCAGGAUUCUGCCUCGCCAAAGACGCAGCAGUGGAUCUCCACAACACACGUCUACCCUGCAGCAUGGCCUCGAUCGCACGUCCGUUCGGCCAAGUCAGACAUCUACGAAGCCAACAUCCCGAAUAGCUAUGGUCUCGGCCCCCUGCCCUCGGAUCCGCAAGCGGCAAAAGCCGAACAGAGGCGGCGAAGAGAGGUCGACUUUGACCACUGGCUCCAAAUUUGCGGAGGCAAGGAGAAGGAGGAUCAGAUCAAGCUGAUGCGCUCGCUUCGGGAGGGAUGCUCCAAGUCCGGACAUACAGCCAGAAUCACAGAGGCGAGAACGGCGAACGAGGUGCAGCUCUGGAAUACUGUCAACCGCAUCGUCCCAGCUGCACUCGACCAUGAUGACGCGCCAAGCGCGAAGGCAAAGGAUACGAGGGAAGGCAUCACUCUGAUUAUGGCCCACGCUAACGGCUUCCACAAGGAGAUCUUCGAGCCUGCGAUAGAAGCGUUCAUCCAAAAGCUUCAGGGCGAACAAGUGCGCGGCAAGUACAGAAUAGACGAAAUCUGGGUGUUUGAUUGUACUCAUUCUGGUCAAGCUGCGAGCAUCAAUCGUGACGUGCUCGGAGAUGUGAUCAACUGGGCCGACCACCCGCGAGACGUGCUCAAGUUCCUCGAGCACUAUCUGCCCGAGACACCUUGCGACCCCUCCGCACCUCCGACGUGGCUUCCAACAUUCCUUCCCUCGCACAAAGCUUCGUCACCGAAAUCGAAACGGCGACUCAUGGGGCUCGGACACUCGUUCGGCGGCGCUUCGCUCACCUUCCUGCUCCACGCUCGACCGCGCAUGUUCGAAGGCCUCAUGCUCGUCGACCCCGCCAUCGUCCACUUUGACGACGAAAAGGAGAUCGACAUUCCCUUCUUCGCGCCGCUCCACGAAGUCCCGCUCGCUCGAGGCGCUAUCGCACGCAAAGACACCUUCGACUCGCUCCCGGACGCAGAGGCCUACUUCAAGUCGAAACCCUUCUUCCAAGCCUGGCACCCGCGCGUACUUGAACUGCAUCUGCGAUUUGGCCUUCGACCAUCCACCAUACCCGCAGCGCGUGCGCUGGCGUCAGAAGACCUGCACGAGAACGACCUCAAACGCACGCCGCUCGAGCUGAACAACACCAAAUGGCACGAGGCCGCCGCAUUCUGCUCGACUUGGAUGAGCAUGAUCGGUAAAAGAGGCAUGUUGACGACGGAUCAUGGCGCUUGGAUCGGGUUCGUCAACAUGAAGGGCGGCUUCAACAACAGAUCGCUUGCCGCGGACAUUGAUGCGUUGGAGCGCGGGGUCAGCUUCACGAUCGAGGGAAACCAUCUCGUUGCUCAGGAGGAGCCAGAGGCGUUGGCUGAAGCACUUGUCAAGGUGCUCGAGACACAGUCGGAUUCGCAGAAGCUGAAGGAGGAGAAGCUGCGUAGACAAGUAGGGAAGACGAAGUUGUGA